UGGGCCUUCUCUGCAUUUCAAAGUCCUGCCUGCAGGCAAGCAGUUUACUGGGGGAAAAGGCUGUGUUGGUGACUUCACAGACAUUUUCUACUUCAGCGGGGAUUUUCCCAAAAAGAUCUUCUGAGAAGCAAAUCUAGAGGAGAAGGUGAAAAAAGAAAUGGCUAGAUCGCAGGGACUGCUGACCUUCAGGGAUGUGGCCAUAGAAUUCUCUCAGGAGGAGUGGGGACGCCUAAGCCACAGUCAGCGGGAUCUGUACAGGGAUGUGAUGUUAGAGAACUAUGGACACCUCCUCUUCUUGGGUUUUGUUGUGUCAAAGCCGGCCCUGGUCAUUUUUUUGGAACAAAAGAGGGAGCUAUGGGAUGUGAAGAGAAAGGACACAGUAGCCUCAUACCCAGCAGUAUCUUCAAAGGCUAACGAGAACCUUCUUCCAAAGACGUUCAUGGAAACUUCUUUUCAAAAUGUGUCAGUGGAUAUACAUCAACAUGGUGCCCUUGAGAAUAGACACUUAGUGACAGACUGGGACAAGGUUGGGAAGACUGAUUGCCAUCAAAGACAUCUGGGGAUUCCUUUUCCAGAGAACCAUUAUGAACAUAAUAAAUAUGAAGAGGUUUUUAUUCAAAGCACCAACUUUAUUGCACGUAAGAGUAUACAUUUGGGAGAGAAUCCCUGUAAAUAUAAUGAAUGUGGGCAAAUUCCUAACAUGUCCUCCAAUGUUGGUGACCAUCAGAGGAUUCAUGUAGGAAAAAACCCAUGGACAUCCAAUGAACCUGGGAACAUGCUUAGUCAGUCAUCAAGACUGCAUAUAAAUAAGACAAUACAUAGUGGACAGAAAGAUUACAAUUGCGAGGAGUGUGGCAGAGUCUUCAGCUGGCACUCAUCACAAAUUCAACAUCAGCGAGUGCGUACUGGAGACAAACCUUACAAAUUUGAAGAAAGUGGUAAAACUUUGAUUGAUGGCUCAUCAGUAAAUGAACAUAGACCAAUCCUUACUGGAGAGAAACCUUACAUUCAUAAAAAACGAGGAAGGGCCAUUACCCAAAACUCACCUCUUACUGAACAUCACAGAAUCCAUACUGGAAGAAAACCUUACCAAUGUAAAUAUUGUGGCAAGGCCUUUAACUGGCUGUCAGUCCUUGAUCAUCAUCAAAGAACCCACACUGGAGAAAAACCUUACCAAUGUAAAGAAUGUGGGAAGGCCUUUAACCGGCCAUAUAUACUUAAUCAACAUCAAAUAAUCCAUACUGGAGAGAAACCUUACCAAUGUAAAGAAUGUGGCAAGGCCUUUAAUCGAUCCUCAACCCUUAAUGAGCAUCACAGAACCCACACUGGAGAGAAAUCUUACCAAUGUAAAGAAUGUGGAGAGGUCUUUUAUUCCAAGUCAAACCUGUACACACAUCGCAAAAUCCAUACUGGAGAGAAACCUUACCAAUGUAAAGAAUGUGGAAAGGCCUUUACCUGGCUGUCUAUCCUUUAUCGGCAUCACAAAAUCCAUACUGGGGAGAAACCUUACCAAUGUAAAGAAUGUGGAAAGGCCUUUAGUCGAUCCUCAGCCCUUAAUGAGCAUCACAGAAUCCACACUGGAGAGAAACCUUACCAAUGUAAAGAAUGUGGCAAGGCCUUUAAUAAUUUCUCCAUCUUUUUUCGACAUCACAGAAUCCAUACUGGUGAGAAACCUUACCAAUGUAAAGAAUGUGGGAAGGGCUUUAACCAAACCUCAAACCUUUACAGACAUCACAGAAUCCAUACUUGAGAGAAAUCUCACCAAUUCAAGGAAUGUGGCAAGGUCUUUAUCUGACACUCACACCUUAUUAGACAUCACAGAAUUCAUACUAGAUUGAAACUUUACAAAUGUAAAGAAUAUGGCCAGAUCAUGAACUGACCCUUACACCUUAGUCGACAGCACUGAAUUCAUACUUGACAGAAACCUUGAAAGAAAUCAAUGUAAAGAAUGUAGUUAGGUCUUUCAUCAGUCUUCAAUGUAAAUUUACUCAUGAUCUCAGAAUUCAUACUGGAGCAAAUCUUUCAAAUUUAAGGAAUGUGAGAAACGUUUUGUGGACUGCUCACUCCUUACAUCACAUAGGAAAAUUUAUCCUGGUGAAUAACCACUGAAUACUAAAGAGUGUGGCAAGGCUUUGAAGCAGUAAAUGCUGACUCCUGAUCAGAGACUGAACUGGGGAGGAUUUUGCAAAUAUAAAGACUUUGGGAAGUCUGUUCAUCAGAGGUGAAGCUUCAUUCUACAUCACAGAAUUCAUACUGAAGAACAAACUGAGGACUGA